AUGCGACUCAUACACAACAUCAGAAUAUUACCUUAUACUGGAGUAAACGCCCGAUCGUUCAGUACUUCCAAUGUCAACAACGGUUCACUCCCACUUGUACCUCUAUGGAUAAAUGGACAAUCUACAACAUCCUCUACGGGCGGUACGGUGAUUCACAAACAUCCCAAAACCGGGAAAGAGACUUGUGAAGUUACUGUUGCAGGUGAACAAGAGACGAAAGAAGCGAUCGAAGGUUCGAAAAAGGCUUUUGAGGAAUGGAAGGAUGUGUCUGGAUGGGAAAGGAAAGGAAUAUUACAAAAUGUAGUCAAAAUCCUCAAAGAUCGCUCUGAUACGUUCACAGAAGCCUUGAGAGCAGACGCACCUUUUUCAGAUAUCGUCAUUGCAGGAGAUCAAGCUUCUUCAGCUCAUCUAACUGACGGAGCAGCGAAUACUGCAAUAUCAUUAGAGGGCACGAUACCUCAGACUAAAGAUGGUAGUUUUAGUAUGGUACUUAGACAACCUUUCGGACCGACAUUGAGUAUUCCAGCUUUCAACUAUCCAUUAACGUUGGCUCUGAGAAGUAUAGCAUAUCCUCUGGCAUGUGGAAAUACGGUUCUUCUUCGUGCCUCACCUCUUCUUCCUCAAUUUUAUCAACUUUUGAAUCCCCUAUUUGAAGAUGCGGGUUUGCCAAAAGGCGUGUUACAAACGCUCAAUUUCUCAGAUAAAGAUGUUCCAAAAAGGGUAGAGCAGAUGAUUGCUCAUCGUGAUGUCAAAAUGGUCAAUUUCACUGGAUCAGUAAGACUCGGAAAAAUCCUAGCUGCACAAUGUGGUGAAUAUCUAAAACCAUCAGUGAUGGAAUUAGGUGGGAAAUCAGUAGCGAUAGUUUUACCCAGUGCCGAUCUGAAAUUAGCAGCUAAUAAUAUCCUUUUCGGUGCAUUUCUCAAUUCCGGUCAAGUUUGCAUGUCCACAGAACAAGUACUGGUACAUUCGGAUAUCGCUGAGGAAUUUGAGCAAAUAUUGAAACAGAGUGCGGAAGAACCUAAUUGGGGUGAAGGGAUGGAAAUGAUUCGUCCUGGAUCUGGACGAGGUGCUAAAGCAUUAUAUGACAAUGCUGUGAAGAAUGGAGCGAAAGUCGUUUUUGAGUCAGCCUCAGCUAAUUCAUCAUCAUCAUCAUCAUCAUUUCCAUCUACAAUCUUAUCAUCGCUUUCAUCAUCAACAUCAUUAUCAACAGAAGAAUCAUUUUCACCUUUACUUACACUUCAUACAUUCCAUUCAAUACCUUCUAUCCAUGAUCAUGCCAAUUCACAUGCAACAGGACUUACAUCAUCAAUCUUCUCCAAAGAUCUAUCGGAAGCACUGGAAUUAGCAAAGAAGAUUGAAAGUGGUGCGGUACAUAUAAAUGGAAUGACAAUUCACGAUCAACAUAAUUUACCUCAUGGAGGAUGGAAAGAAAGUGGUUGGGGAAGAUUCAAUGGUCAAGGUGCAAUUGAAAGUUUCACACAAACAAAGAAUGUUAGAAUCGCAAAUCCCACUAUGUUGCCUCUAUCAGCCAUUUAUAAGGGAUUAUAG